ACGAAGCUCAACUUGAGUGGCGGAAAAAGUGCUUAAAAGACGGCAGUAAAGCGCUCAACGCUUCAGUCGAGUUUGAAACUUACACUCAAGCGGAGUUGUAAAUAGUGGUUCGAGUUGUUGGCUCGUACUCAAACUGUAGAAAAAUGUAAAAAGUCGACUAAAAACAUAUAUCUAUAUACACACAUAUAAAUAUUUGUUUCCCUGCAAAAUUAUUUUCAACUUUAAUUUCAACGAAACGAAAAUACAAACCAACAAACAAACGAAAUCGAAACAACCCGAAAAACCAAACAACCAAACUGGUUAAAGCUUGCAUGUAGUCCUUAGAACCACGUAGUAAACGAUAAGGAAACUAUAUAGAAACGAGAAAAACGAAAAAUAGGGAACCGGGAAUCGCAAAGAAGUUGCAGCUAAUUUCUGGUUCGUAUAACUCCAUUAGAAGGCGAUUAGCAUAUUGAAGGACGAGCUAGAGAAGAGCGGGAAGAACCCGCCGUAGUGGCUGAAGUGCCAACGAUAAUUCAAUCAAAGGGCAGGCAGCACGAGGAGAAAAUUGCCUGGGGAAACUGCUUCUGUAAAAGAAACUAGAAAACUUCAUCAAAACACUCGGAUAAAGUGGAAAACGUGUGCGUGCGCGUGAGAAAAACUUUUUAGCAGACUGCCGAGUGUUUUAAUUUCGAUACUAAGAAAGUUCCGCUAGUCAGCUGGACAUGUCCAUGACAAUGGACCAACAUCACCAACACCUUCGCCAUCGCCAUCUCAGCAUGUGGUCGACAUUCGCGGUCUGCCUGCUGCUCCUUCAGGCCACCACCAGCACGAUGGCCAUCGAUUUGAGCCGUUUGUACGGGCACAUGGCCAAUCCCAUUGUGAAGCGUAGCGAAGCCUGUCAUCCGUACGAACCCUUCAAGUGUCCCGGGGAUGGUAAUUGCAUUUCCAUCCAAUAUUUAUGCGAUGGUGCACCUGAUUGCUCUGACGGAUACGACGAGGAUAUGCGUCUGUGCACGGCGGCCAAAAGGCCGCCGGUCGAGGAGACAGCGUCCUUCCUUCAGAGCCUGAUCGCCUCGCACGGACCCAAUUACCUGGAAAAACUUUUCGGCAGCAAGGCACGUGAUGCCCUUUCACCUCUGGGCGGUGUGGACAAGGUCGCCAUCGCUUUGAGUGAGUCGCAAACGAUUGAGGACUUUGGCGCUGCCCUUCAUCUAAUGAGAUCGGACUUGGAACACUUGCGCUCGGUUUUCAUGGCGGUGGAGAACGGGGAUCUCGGCAUGUUAAAGUCGCUGGGCAUCAAGGAUUCGGAGCUGGGCGAUGUGAAGUUCUUCUUGGAGAAACUGGUCAACACCGGCUUCCUCGACUGAGUAGCGCCAGAUCCGGCUUCUGGAUUUUAUUACGCACACGCACAGCCCAUCAAUCCUAAUUUCUAUUCGUAUUUGGGCACGCCCUACGAUAAUUACAAUUAUUAAAUGCGAAUUACACACAUAUACACAUACCUACACUCAUCGUCCGCUGACAAAAACACACACACACACACAAACACCCCAGUUCAUUUCAGCCAAAAGAUAUUUUCUCAAACUCUAUUUUUGAGUAUAAUUUUGCUUUCCAAAACCUUCUUACCCAAUCUUUAAGUUGAUUUAUUUUCAUUUUUCAAACACUUUUAUAAAAAAAAAAACAAAAUCAAGCAAACCAAAAACUUAAAAAAAAAAUUGCAAAAGACCACGAAAAAGCUACAAAAAAAUAAUGGCGAAGAGAAAAUACAUAUACAAGAACAAACAAAAUUUCGAUAACAAAUCGGCUGCUAUCAGACGAAAAACAAAUCUCCAGCUUUCUCCCAAGUUUCUGCGCUCUUUCUUAGACUUUCUUUAUGUGUUGCGUUUCUAUCGCGAUCUAUAUAUUUUUUGAGAAAAUCUAUGCGCAAAUUUCAGAACAUUGCAGAAAAAACUUCAUAAAACUAGAAAAAUAAAAUGUGGAAGCAGGAUCGUUUGGCAAAGUACUAAAAAAGUGAAUGAAAAAAGUAAAACAAAAAAGAAAAAAAAAAACGAAAAUAUAUCAGUGUUUAUAUAACGAACUUUUUCUGAAACAUAUAUAUGUAAACGGAUAUUGAACAUUUUUAUUGAUGUAUAUGUAAAGUGUUUCAAGGCUUCUUAGAUCCGUCACUUAUGGUAUUCAAAACUAAAGUCCCUACAAAAACAGUGUAUGCAAAUCGGCAACCGAGGCUAUCAGUAAAGAACCUUCCAACCAUUUUCUUACGUACUUACCCGUACACUUAUCUUCUUUCGAUAACCGUCUAUUUCUUAUAUACUAUAAAAAUAUGGAAUAUUUGUUUAGUUUUAGUCAGUAAAUGUAGAGAAAGCCCUGCAGCUAUUGUUGUUUCCAGUAGAAGAAGAACUUCAAUGUUUCAAAUACAACAGAGAAAUUAAUUAAUAAACUAGGCACACGUUAUAGUUAAUAAAAUAUCUAUGUCGAGCUACUGUGCGGCAGUUGAAGAAUUGGUUUUGAGUUGCAUAAUUCACGGAACGUUUUGAGUGUCUACAAAAUAUCAAUAAGAGAACUCAAGUUAUAUAUUCAAACCAAAUAGUUGUAAAGCCUAACCUUUAUUUCAAAAUAAUACACACAACUUUACUCAAUUUUCAACAUAUAUAUUUCUUAGACGAAAAAAAAAAACACAAAAGCAAAUUGUAACCAAAAUGAGAUUCUCACGUUUUGGGGGCCAGUUUUGAUUGCCAAAGAACAAAAACUGACCCAAACAAUUUGGAAUAUUAUCUAGGCAGAUAUUAAAAUUGGCUCUCAAAACACAAAAACACCUUACUACCUAGUCUAAGAAUUCUCUAAUUCAAACAUUCUUUAAACGGAGCACGGAAUUGUUGACCAGAUAGUGUGACAAGUAACUAAAACGAAUAGAAAUCAGAGGAGAAAUUAAAAACCCAACGUUAAAGGCAAUUUCUUAAGAUUAAACCGAAAAUUUAAUGGAGUUAUAAGUACCUUGAAUUAGCUGAUAGAUCAUACAACAACUACAGCAAAAGUAAACUACAAUUAUUUAUUUGAAAAAAAAAAA